AUGGCGUCACUUCUCGGUAACCUGGCCAGCUAUGUCGAUUUCGACAAGCAGAGCCUGCUAGUCUCGGCGGCCUCUAUUGCCUUUAACCCUCUCUUCUGGAACAUCGUCGCUCGUCAAGAAUACCGCAACAAGGUCCUCACCAAGCUGUUUGGCGGCGACCGCACCGUGGCCAACUACGCGCUGGCGGCCACCAUCUUCUCCAUCGGCAUCCUGCGCGACUGGCUGUACAAGACGGCCCUCUUCGAGCAGCCGUCGCACCCGCUGCUGCAGAACGUCUACGCGCAGGCGGCCGCGUACACGCUGCUCGCGGCCGGCAACACGCUGGUGCUGUCGUCGACGUGGCAGCUGGGCAUCCAGGGCACGUUCCUGGGCGACUACUUUGGCUUCCUCAAGGAGGAGAUGGUGACGGGCUUCCCGUUCAACGUGACGGGCGCGCCCAUGUACUGGGGCUCGACCAUGAGCUUCCUGGGCACGGCGCUGCUCUUCGCCAAGCCGGCGGGCCUGCUGCUCACGGCUGAGGUGUACCUCGUCUACACCGUCGCCCUGUGGUUCGAGGAUCCCUUCACGGCGGGCAUCUACGCCAAGCGCGACCGCGACCGCGCCGCGGCCAAGGCGGGCAAGAAGAGCAACUAA